AUGCUACUGAUCCGAAAGCUGUGGGUGGCGCCCGCGCUCUGCUUCUUCGUCGCUUUCUACUACCUUUUCCUGCGGAGUCCUACAUCCACCGCAGACACCUAUUACGGCGACGUCCAUUGGAAGAAAUGGCCGGAACGAUACCCAGUUGAAUCUCUCACGCCUCUCCCUACCGGUAGCACGCCCAUCCCGCGUAUCCAAUUCGACUUCGCAUCCCACCCGGAGACCGUCGCCCAAAAGUCGCAACGUGAAGAGCGCAGACAGACCAUCAAGGAUGCAUUUGUGCACGCUUGGGGCGGCUAUAAGGCGCAUGCGUUCGGCAAGGAUGAGGUGAUGCCUUUGAGUGGCAGUUCACUAGACAACUAUGGAGGCUGGGGUGCUACGCUGGUCGACGCCCUGGACACGUUAUGGUUGAUGGGGAUGAAAGAGGAGUUUGAGGCGGCGGUGGAGGCUGUGAUGAAGAUCGACUUUACAACAAACUCGGUGAAGGAGCUCAACGUCUUUGAAACGACAAUCCGAUAUUUAGGUGGCAUGAUGGCCGCGUAUGAUGUGAGCGAGGGCAAGUACCCGCAACUACUGGACAAGGCAAAGGAGUUGGGUGAGAUCCUGUACAGUGCGUUUGACACCACGAACAGGAUGCCGGUUUGCAGAUGGGACUGGCGAAAGUCUGCGCUAGGUGGACAGGUUCAAGCCGCAGACUUCACCCUGCUCGCGGAGCUGGGAUCGCUGUCGUUGGAAUUCACACGCCUAUCGCAACUGACGCAGGACCCGAAAUACUACGACUCGAUCGCGAGAAUCUCGUCGUUAAUGGCGGAUGCACAGGAUGGCACUCUCAUCGCGGGACUUUGGCCCACCAUCGUUGACGCCCGCAACCUCAGAUUCGACUACAACCAUUUCACACUGGGUGGCAUGGCGGACUCGACCUACGAGUACCUACCGAAAGAGUACAUGCUUCUCAAUGGUGCGAUCCGCUCCUACCGCACCAUGUACGAAAAGGCCCUCGACGCUGCAUCCCGUUUCCUGUUCUUCAAACCCAUGGUGCCCACCAACGCCGACAUCCUCUUCUCCGGCACAACGGCGCUGACCGAGCAAGGACAAGCCUCCCUGGAUCCGCAAGGCCAGCACCUGACCUGCUUCUUGGCCGGCAUGGUUGGCAUUGGCGCGCAGAUCUUCGAUCGUCCAAGCGACCUAAAGAUUGCAAAACAGCUGCUUGACGGGUGCAUCUGGGCCUACAACGCUACGCCCUCCGGGCUCAUGCCGGAGACGUUCCAUGUGGUGCCCUGUGCGAAGGGAAUCGACGCCGAUACCUCAGGCUGCGAAUGGGACGAUGGCAAGUACUUCGCCGCCGUGACGAAGCAGCUGGGAGGCGCUGAUGACGACCCAUCUGUGAACCCCGUGGAGCGCGGGAAGAUUCUCGCCAAAGAGAAGAAGUUGGUUGCCGGGUUCACGGCGCACGGCGAUUCCCGCUAUAUCCUACGGCCGGAGGCUAUUGAAUCCGUCUUCAUACUCUACCGUAUCACGGGCGAGCGGAGGUAUCAGGAGGAUGCGUGGCGGAUGUGGCAGAGCAUUGACAAGGCGACGAGGACGGACAUUGCGAAUGCAGCGGUGGUGGAUGUCCGCCUUGCGAGACCGGAAAAGAGUGAUCGCAUGGAGAGUUUCUGGCUGGCGGAGACGCUGAAGUACUUUUACCUCAUCUUUGACGACAGCGAUGUGGUGGAUCUGGACAAGUGGGUGUUGAACACCGAGGCACAUCCUUUCAGGAGACCGGCUGCGGCGUGA